UUUAAAUUUGUUAAAAGAAUAAUAUAAUUAAUAUGAAUGUUAUACGCAACGAUAAUGCGGCUCCUGUGAGAGGAAAAGUUAAAGGAAGAGGACGAGGAAAAUUAGGAGAAAUGACGACCAAUGUUUUACCUAAAUAUCGCUUUGACUUUGGAAUUAGAAAACCAUUGGUCGAACUAUGCCCCACAAAUUCAAAUACUGUAAAAACGAAUGUGCAUCGAAAUAUAAAAAGUGCAUCCACUUCAUCAUUUCUUCCAAGUUCAACUCGUAGGGGAAGUAUUGGAUCAAAUACUUCAAGAACUCCAGGAAGUUAUACAUCAACAGAAUCUUGCAUCAUACUCGCUGUAACAUCUGGCCGUGGAGAAGCAAGAGGAGAAGUAGGAAUAGCUGCAAUGGAUAUUCACCAUUCGCAUUUAAUUCUUUGUCAAAUGAGUGAUUAUCAGACAUACAUAAAUACAUUGACAAAGAUUUAUAUAUUUAAUCCAAUUGAGAUUUUAAUGCCAGAUACGAUGUGCAACGAAACCAAAAAUAGAAAUAAAUUGUAUUUUUCUAUCAAAGAAAAAUUUCCUAAUUUAUGUAUCACUGCGGUAUCAAGAAUUCAUUUUAAUGAAUCUGUCGGUUUGGAUCGUGUAAAAACACAUUGUGCAAAAGAAUAUUCGACAGUGGAAUUAUUUUUGAAACAAAAAUAUUACGCGUUAGCAGCAGCCGCAGCUUUAUUAAAAUAUAUCGAAUUUAUUCAACAUAUCGUUUAUGCACCAAAAUCAAUCAGAAUUGAGUUCCAAGGUUCACCCAAUACCACAGUAAUAGAUAUAGAAAGUGCACAAAGUUUAGAAUUAGUUGUGUCACAAUGUGGUCAACAAAAUGCUAGCCUUUUAAGUUCAAUGGAUCAUUGCGUUACCCCAAUGGGUAGAAGACUUUUAAGAGCAUCUAUUUUACAACCUCUUUGCAAUGAAGAAAUAAUUAUAGAACGUCAAAAUAGUGUUACUGAGUUAGUUUCUAAUCGUACAUUAUGCAAUCUCGUUCAGCCUUUUGUAAGAAGAUUAUAUGGUGCUGAUCGUCUUUUGAGUCUUUCUAUGAUGACUUUACAAAACAAUACUGUACAAAAUGCAGAAAGAAAUUUAAAUUAUGUUCUUUUAUUAAAAAAUUCUCUUGAAAUUGUACCAGAAUUACGAGAAGCACUUGAAAGUGGUCGUGCUUCAUUUUUUGUUAAAGUUCGAAAAAAUUUGGAGAAUUCACAAUUUGAAAUAAUGAAAAAUAAAAUUUUACAAAUAAUACAUUCUGAUGCAAGAUCCCUGAUUGGGUAUACGUCAUCAAACAUGCAACGAUGUUUCGCAAUUAAGCCAGGAAUUAAUGAUUUGUUGGAUAUUGCACGACAAACUUAUUGUGAACUUAUAAAUGAUAUGAAAAAUCUUGUCGAAAACUUAGCGAUACAAUAUAAAUUGAAUUUAUCAUUGGAAUGCAAUUCAUCUUUAGGAUUUUAUAUAUUAGCCGAAGUAUCUCGACAAAUGGAUUUCAAACCAUCCAAUUUACCAUCGGAAUUUGUUCAAGUACAAAAAAAUAAGAACACUUAUUCUAUGACGACAAACAAAUUAUUAGUAUUGAGUCAUCAAUGUAAAAUUGCCUGUGAAGAUCUUCACAUAAUGAGCAACGCGAUUUUGAAUGAUUUACUUGUGAACAUUCGUGAACACAUUGGUUGCCUUUAUCAACUGAGUGCUGACGUUGCAGAAUUAGAUUUAGUUAUUUCUUUAUCUCAUAUAAGUUCAUCUCCUGAAUACGUAAAACCAAUAUUUGGACCAAGAUUAGAACUAAUAGAUUCGUUACAUCCCAUAAUGGCAGUAUUCGGAACAGAACGACCUGUACCGAACGAUGUGCAUGCAUCAAUACCUUAUAAUCUUCAUACAAUAAUUGGUCCAAAUAUGAGUGGCAAAUCUAUUUAUUUAAAACAAAUUGUUUUAUUACAUAUCAUGGCACAGAUUGGUUGCUAUGUUCCAGCAAGAAAAGCAGAAUUUCGAAUUACUGAUCGUAUAUUUUGUAGAAUAUGUUUUCGUGAUGACAUUGAAUGCAAUGCUUCAACAUUUGUUGUUGAGAUGAAAGAAGCACAAUAUAUACUACAAUCAAUUACUUCUAAAUCAUUAGUGAUCUUAGACGAACUUUGCAGAGGUACAACCGUUGAAGAAGGUUCUUCUAUUUCAUGGGCGAUAUGUGAACGACUUUUGAUUACCACAGCGUUUACUUUCAGUGCUACACAUUUUCGUUAUCUCACCAAAUUAGCUGAAAUAUAUUACAACGUUACAAACCAUUGCUUCAAGACUGAAACUAAAUUUACUGAAGGUUUAAACGAAGCACGAUUAGUAUACACACAUAAAUUAAUGGUUGGUGUAACUCCCAUAGACAAUUAUGGUAUUGCAUUAGCCGAAGUAUCAGGUCUCCCUGUUUCCAUUACUACCAAAGCUCGAGAUUAUGCACAAAAAGAAGUUACUAAGAUGAAGAGAGAUGAUUAUUUUACCGAACCAAAUUCAUGGGAGAAGACGUGUUACGAUCGUGUCGCAGCAAUGUAUAAACUCAUAGAAAAUAAUGAAUUCAAUCGUAAAAAUAUCGUCGGACUUAUACACGAGCUUGAUGUUUGUUAUACUGCUGAAUUUAAAAAAAUGCAACAGGAAGAAAAAGCUUUAUGCGAAGCUUUAGAAAGUUUCGAAUCGACUCAAUUAGUUCAACAGAUUCAACCCACUACUCAACCGGCUCAUCAUUUAAAUUGGGAUGAUGUAGAAAUGUCUUCUAAUAAUCAAUUGAACGAUACUGCAGCUAAUUAUUUUGACAUGAAUUCAACCGUUAGGAUGGAAACUAAUGAAACAGAAGAAAUUAACACGAGACGAAAUUUAAAUAAACAAUUUUUAGAUAUUGUUGAUGAAAAUCAACAAAAUUCAUUUGGAGGGCAAUCAUGGUUCAUAAAAGAUACCGAUUUAAAAACACUUAAUCAAAAUCCAAGCUUUGUUACACGUUCACCACACUCGUCUCCAUUUAAAAUUAAUGAAACUAAUAAUCAAAUAACAACUAUGAUGAAUACCACUUCAAAAUUAUUUUUUACUUCGGAUGAAUUAUUAAAAAAGCAAAUGGAUUUAAAUACUUCUAUAAAAAGUGUACCAACACUUUUCAAAUUUGACCCUCAAAAUAAUGUCGAUAAAAAAGAUUCCGUGUCUACCGAAACCAUGUCGGUAAUGUCACCGAUCAUUUCUUUUAGAUGUUCACAAAUUUCGCAAUUUCCAAAUUAUCCUUUAAUGGAAUCAGAAGUUGAUGUUUCUUUAACAAAUGCAACAACAUUGACAGAUUUUACAGGAAUUAAUACUACUCGUGACAGAGAAAUAAAUAUUUUUAAU